CACAGAACCGGCUGUGCGUGCAUUGACGAAGACACAAACAAAUUUCGUGGUGCACAGCAGUGCUCGCAGGGUUUGAUCCAGCUUCUAGUGCCUUUGAUCAAGUGAAGUAAAUACAGGAAAGACGAGAUUGACAGCGGGAAGCAGAAGGCAGCCGCAAUCACAAUGCGAUUGGGUUGCCGAGCGGGGCACUGUGCGAAGGUAUGAUGUCGGCCUCGACCAGCAGGAAUAAACGCAAAAACCAGCCGGUGGAGAAACCUAGUGGACCGCGUCCCAGUGUCUUCGAUCGUUUGGGUACCAAAGCCAGCAACAGCCAGCAGACAGUCGACUCGCAAAACAGAUCGAAUUUUUGCCAUCAUUGGAGGAAUACAGGCAACUGCCCUUUUGGUGCAUCUUGCAAAAAUGCUUCCUUCCACGUACUGAUCAGUCCGUCAAAGCGUGCAAAGGGAAUAGAAAAAGAUAGCAAAGAGUUAAGUAGAAGCCAAAAAGAGCAACUUGCCAGAGGCAAAAAAGGCAAAGGAGAUAACUGGGCUGAGCUUGACGAAGGAGAACUCGAGCGGCGCAGACUUCUGCUGCAGAAGGAGCUUGAACUGCAGACCAGGCAGGAGAUGAAGAAAAAGCCUAUCAAAAAGCAGAAAAGAUCCAGUUCAUCCAGUAGUAGUUCUACCGCUCAGACUUUCUCUGAAUCUAGCAAAGCAUCAUCGUCUAAAAGUGCUCAGCCUACAAAGAGGAAACCAAGAGCACGCAGGAGAAAAGGAAAAGGAGGAGGCUUAGUAAAUAAACAAGUUCCGAAAGAACUCGAAACCAAGAGAAUGAGGGAAAAUACUAAAGACAAUAAGAAAAGGUCGAGCUCCUCAGGCCGUCAGGAGCGGAGGUCUAGAUCCAAGCAUAGGACUGGAUCCAGCUCUGGGCCAAAAAGGAGGAAGAACUCUUCCUCUUCGGACAACUCAAGCUCUGAAAGGAAGCGUCAGCAGAGCAAACCGUCUUCCCAUCAAAGCAAAAUGAAAGGCAGGAGUCCAUCGCCAGAUAGAAAGAAGAAGCAGCCCCCUGCUGCUUACGACAAAAAGUUGUCUCCGCCUCGCAGGAGGGAUGUACCUGAAAGCCGCAGGAACUCUCCUCCAAGGGGAAGGAAGCGCUCCCCCAGCCCUGCCAGGCCUAGGAGGAGGACGCCCAGCCCCAGGGCAAAAAACGUCAAAAAACAUGAAUCAAGAAAUAGCUCUCCCACGGUUAACCGUCACCGCUCGCCUUCUCCAGAGAGGAAAGAAAGCCGAAGGGGUCAAACACCUCCUUCGCCACAUGAUCGCCAUCCCCAGAGAAGUAGUGGGGGUGGUCGCAGCUCCAGGAGGAACAGUCCUGAACCACACAGAGCCCCUCCAAGCAGGGACUCACGAGGUCGGCCUCAGGGCGGGAGGAGUCCAGAACGUCGUCCCAGAGCAUCUUCUAGAGAGCUGCGGGAAUGUGUGGACAAAAGGGACUACCAAAGGCAGGAGUACAGUAGCCCUGCUCCUGCUAGAGUUCACCCCAGGGGAUCUCCAGACAACGCUGGACGCCCAAGUAGUCGCGACAGAAGGGAUGAGCCGUCCAGCAGUCGCGAUAAAGUUCGGCUCAAAGAGGGUGACAGGGACAGGCGUAGGGACCCACCCUCUGACAAGUCCAGGGACCGAGCGAGGGGGCGUGACGAGGAGCUGCCCUCCUUGAUGAAUAUUAUGACCCAGCAUCCCCAGCACUCACCUAGAAGAGGAGGCGGAAGGGAUGAAUCCCAGGACCACAGGAGCUCUGGGAGAGAAAGAGGACGGUACGAUCGUUAUGACGAUCGAGGUGAAGGUUCAAAUCACCCCGAAGAGCAACGUGGUGCUAAGCGGUCCUCAAGAAGGGAUAGUCCUUCGCGUCAAAGGUCGCAGAAAGGCGGACGCGACUGGACUGACCAUCCUGAGCAGCGGGACAAGGAUUGGGAGAGGAGAGGCAAAAGUGGAACGUCAGGUCACCGCGAUUGGGAGGAGCCUGCUAAGCAGAAUCGAGGAGGCAAGGGGCACAGGAGGGCUCAGAGUCCUCUGGGUUCUGCCAGUCCAAUAAAGGAAAAUGAGAAAGAUCUGGAUGUCAAGCCUGAAGAGGUGACUGACCAGAGGAGAUCUGAAGGCCAUCAGAUAGGUGAUGAUGACUCCACAGAGCCUCCAAGCAAGAAGACUUGUCAAGAGGGUGAUAUCCAAGCUGGUUCUGGGGUAAUGGUUGAGUCCGACUUUAGCGAUUUCAGCGAUGACGAUGAUGAUAUUUUGAAUGCAGAUGUUGCGGAAGAAAAUAAUGAAGCAACAAUGGAAGCGGAUGAGAAGCUUGACAGCGCUGAAGGGGAUAAACUGGAAAAGGAGGAGGAUGAGCCUGUGGAGGAUAUUCUCGAGGACAUGGACUUUGAAGAAAUUUCUGAUGGUGAGCUUGACGCUGAGGAAAUCAAAGCAGGUGCUGAUGCUCUGAGUGUGGACUGGGCUGCUCUCUUGACCCAGACGCGUCCUGUAAAGAAAGAUGAAUCGGAGGCAAUCAUCAACAGGUGGGACAUGACAACAGCGCUGUCUCGAAUUGGCGUUCCUCAAUCACUGAGAGGGAGCCCUCACCUGAAGGAUCUUGGUCUGGAGCCACCUGAGACGGAAAUUCGCACCAAGAUGGAAGACAACAAAGAGCGAAUGUCGUUUCUGUUUGACAAGGAGACAAAGCUGCAGGACAAGGUGCCAGGGGUUCAUGCUGCCAUUGUCAUGAAGAAGGAACAGAUUGCUAAUAUCCUCAAUCCCAGGCAUCAACGAGGCAUCGAUUUUGCUUAUGGAGAGCAGCUUAAGAAAAUCUGUCCAUUCGUGAUUCAGAAUGGUGGAGCUAGCAGCAACAGAGACAGAAGUGUUUCCUCAAGUGUGAAACAAUUGGUAUUGGACAUGCUGAAGGGAAGCUGCAAGUUGGAAGAAGUGCAGAGCUGUCUUCAGGGGGAACCUAGAAAGGUCGAGGUGUCAUGAACGACUAAAUAAAAAAAUUGAAUUAUUUUAAA